CUAGGCAUGCAGACUGCUUCUACAAACAAACAUUUGUGAAAGAAUGGGUCGCUCUCAGGAGCUCAGUGAAUUCCAGCAUGGUACCACGAUAGGUUGCCACCUGUGCAAAAAGGCCAUCCGUGACAUUUCCUUGCUACUAAAUAUUCCACGGUCAACUGUUAGUGGUAUUAUAACAAAGUGGAAGCAACUGGGAACAGCAGCAACUCAGCCAUGAACUGACCACUGCUCUAUAGCAAUGGAGACGUGUUGUUUGGAGUGAUCAAUCACACUUGUCUGUCUGGCAAUCCGACAGACGUGUUUGCAUUUGGCGGUUGCCAGGAGAAUGGUACUUGCCGGACUGCAUUGUGCCAAGUGUAA